AUGUCUAACCCAUUCACCCCCAUGGCUAUUGCAGAGACUAUCUAUGCCUAUCAGGAAACGAGGAAAGAGAACACCAUCAACGUGAUGGCUGCGACGCUGCUCGCGUAUGAUGCGCUUCUUUGCCUAGGAAAAGAGCUCCGAUAUGUCUGGCAGUCACCAAACGCCCCUCCCACGUUCUCGCAGAUCCUUUACCUCUCCAACAGGUAUAUACCAAUUCUAUGGAACGUCCUGUAUCUCGGGGCGAUCGGCAACCUUUCGGACACACAGAGGUCAGCACUGGUCCUUGCCACUGUACUCCGCUCCAUUGGCUGGUAG